AUGGCGGCAUCGACGGCAUCGCUACCCCCCUGCUCGAUACUCGAGAAGCAGUACUACAUCACCCUCGUCAAUCUGAUCCUCCCAUUCUACUUCUCUCCGGCUCAGUCGAUGCCUGACGUGGCGACAACAGACCUUUAUCCUUUCAUCCACAGUAGUGCUAAUCUCUACGAGUUUCCCCACAUGCUCACUGCUAGAGCCAGAACAGAGUAUUUGACCGCCCAUCGAGCCACUACGAGACCCUUGGGGGAAUACUUCACAGACACCAAGUACGAAGUGAUGGGCGAUAUGGUUGUUUCGGUCUCGGCUCAUCUUCGCCCAACCACAACCUCUGGGCAAACAGGGUCUGAAGAGGACGGGAACUCAGUACCAAAUCCACCCGGUAACGGAAUUGCUGGGAUGAAUGUCAAGGCAAAAGUGGCGGUGGAACUGCUCUGGACCGCCACUAUAGAAGAGGAUUGUGGCGACCAUUUGAGAAAGGGCCUGCAAAUGCAGAGCAGGAUCGCCGUGUUACUGGAUUUCCACAAUGGGCAGCUCAUCGAGCAGAGGCACUACAAUUGCUCUUUUCCUCCUUCUCGACCAGCGGGGCCAUCAACAUCAUGA